UGAGUUUAAAGUAUUUUCGAAAUAACAAAAACCCUAGCCUCCUUUUUUUACUCUCUAACAAAUCUCUGAAAAUGGCGAUCUCUAAGGCUUCCGUUGUUGCUCUCGUCGCAGUGAUUGUCUCCGUCGUCGCUACCGUUGCUUCAGCUCAGAGUGAGGCACCAGCGCCAAGUCCUACUUCUGGAUCUGGUGCUUUCUCGCCUUCCAUCGUCUCAGCUGGUGUUGCAGCUGUUGCAGCUCUUGUUUUCGGCUCUGCUCUUCGGAUCUAAAGCCUUUGUGAUGGAGAAUAUUAUUUUGAAAAAAAAUUGAUCGAGUAGUAGCAUUAUUUAUGAUAUUGGUGUUUAUUCCGGAGCUAUAGAUCUCUUUCUAUUUUCUUUUAUCUUAUUGUGGCUUUGUGAUUUCUAGACGAUUUUGCGAUAUUAUUUUGAUAUGAUAUUAUUCUAUUCUAUUUAUGGAUGUUUGUUCUUCUCCUUCUUCGCUUAAAUCGUGAAUUAAGCUUGUCUGCGUACCAUAAGAGCUUGUUUUACAAGUCUUCUGAUCAAAAACUUGACUAGAAAUUCGAUUAUAAUGUGAAGAUAAAUGUGAUUGUUACUUGGUUUAAUUUGAACCGACUAAUAUUUUGGUGGAAACUGAGUAAAAAUAUGAUCUAAGCUAAGCUUAAUACA